GACUCAUUUACCAUGCGCGGGUUGUGUUGCUGGCCACACGACCUUGUACAACAAAAACUUAGCAAUAUUCAGCGGAAAAGCAGUAGAUUUCACGAGUGUGGAAGGACAAUCACGGCUAGUUUGGCCUUUGUAAGCCAUGACUGAGUACAAGCUAGUGGUCGUUGGAGCCGGUGGCGUUGGCAAAAGUGCGUUGACCAUUCAGCUAAUUCAGAACCAUUUUGUGGAUGAAUAUGACCCAACAAUAGAGGAUUCUUACAGAAAACAAGUUGUAAUCGAUGGAGAAACUUGUUUACUGGAUAUUCUGGACACUGCAGGUCAAGAGGAAUACAGUGCCAUGAGAGAUCAAUAUAUGAGAACAGGAGAAGGUUUUCUCUGUGUUUUCGCUGUCAACAACAAGAGAUCAUUUGAGGAAAUCCAUGCAUUUAGACAGCAGAUUAAACGAGUGAAGGAUGCUGAUGAAGUUCCUAUGGUUUUGGUCGGAAAUAAAUGUGAUCUCCAGAGGACAGUCAUGCCAAUGGAAGCUUGUGAUUUAGCAACGAGUUAUGGAAUCCCGUUCAUAGAGACAUCAGCCAAAACAAGACAAGGAGUUGAGGAUGCAUUUUACACCCUUGUCAGAGAAAUCAGGCGAGAUAAGGGAAAGAAGCCAAUUCCAAAAGUGAAAAAGAAGAAAAGGUGUAUCAUCUUAUGAUGUAGACAUUGCAACAAGAUGAAUUCCUUUUAAAUAGUUUCUGUUAUAAAGUUAUACAUUCAUGCAUGUAGACCUUGGCAUGACAUGGCAUGGGAUGACAAUGUGCAAGUAGUUUAAUUGUUGUUCUUAGCUGAAAGCAGAGAGAUAGAUGUAUCUUUUCGUUGCUUGAAUGUGAUUUCGUGUGCAUGUGGAAUUACAAUCAUGUACUAAGUUGAUAUUUCAUAACAAUGAAAUGUGUAAUUUCACAAAGCAAAAACCGUAUCUCCAUAGCAAAGAACUCAGCACGGGUUAGAUAAGUUAUAUGAUAUUAAUUACUUUUAUUAUUAGAUUUUUAAGACCAUUUAUUUUUGAGGCCAAAAAUGCAUGUCAUAAAUACCAAUGUGCCUACCAAUAAACCUUCAGAGUAGUGGAAUCACACAAUGGUACAUGUAGUGUAUCCGUCUUGAUCUAGUGUAGUGCACAUGCCAAAAAGGUGUCUGUUGGCCAUGUCAAGACAUGUUUUCCAGAAAGUGAUUCAUCUUUUUUUGUUCAUGUGAACUAUUCCCUUGUAAAAGGUGUAGGAUUUUAGGACAUUUAUCAUUGACACAUGUCAGGCAGUCUUUUUAUGCCUAGUAAUUAGUAGUUGUAUCAAAAGUGAUAGGUUUGUAUACCGUAACAAUUAAAUUAUCAUUCAUUUAAGGACACAUUUCAGAAAGUAUUCACUUUGAAGACAAUUAAAUGUAAAAGUUCUAGUGUGACUUGACUAUUUUUGGAAAUUUUUUCUUAUGUGCAAAGUUUGUGACUGCAAAUUGCCUAGAUGCCCUCUUAAUUCUCAUGCUGUUGACUUCAGUCAGUGGUAGAAUUGCCAGUUUAGGGUACAAAGAAAAACAAGUUUUGGACCUCCUUUUUGGACAAGCUCUUCUGUAGUUAUAAUGUGCCAGCCUGCCAAUCAUUCUCACUUGUCCAUCAAGAGAAUGAUGGACAGAAUCCACAAACCCAAAUGAAAAAAAAAAAGCACUUUAGCCCUGGGCAAUCAGACAGGACCCUCUUCAUGCUGAGUUUAUUUAUUGAUAUUUUUAGAACCAUAACAAUGCAGGUUAAAUUGCUAAAAAUGGAAGCAAAAAGAUGUGUCACUUUUAAGGACUGUAGUCUUGGGGUGCUAGUUAUUCUGUUGUUCUUGGUGGGGAUUUGAAAAAAGAAGUAAAUGUGUGAAAGUAGGUGCAGUAAUGAGAACGAGUUUCUGCGGGUCAGAAACUUUCUCUCGCACCAGUGGGUACAAUUGAUGACUUCUCAGUAAUUGAUAGUAAUAUUUAGCUCUUCCUUUAGUCAAGAAAAAGUAUUAGUUCAUGUGAUAUGAAAAUAGCUUAAUUUACUUAUUCUCUCCUACCGUCCUUCAACUUAACGGUUCUUGGUUUUUGUUCAAUUAAAAUUGUCUCGUUAUGACAUAGCUGGAUUUUGGCUCUAAUUAACUCUUAACUAGCUAAUGUGACUUUGUGGUCAUUGAUGAUUUACCAGCAGCUUUGCAUUUUGUUUCCUGCGAAGAAAAUAGCACGCAUGUAUUGAAGAACAUAGGUAAUAUUUGAGUGAAUAAAAGCUUGCGAAACCCA